GCCCCGCAAUUCUGCCUUUGCGGAAGUCCCUGGAACUGGAACGUUGUGUAUCGUUUUGGUUCUAUCCGCUCCCACGCGAGGCAAAGCCGGCCGAAGAGCACGUGGAAGUUCUACGGAUGGAGCCUUCAAUCCGCCGGCUGUGGGUCCAGCUCAGAUUCACAGUUGCGAUUUGAUGAUGCUGAGUAUUUCCACCUCCUCUUUCUGCUCUUCACGACACCGACGAGGAGCAGCGGAUAAAUGAGCGGGUUCCCGCGGAAGAAGACCAAGCGCACAAAAAGGGAGGCUAACUCGUGAUGAGUGAAAUCCAGACGAACCCGUGGCAACGCGGGUCUUCGUUGGUCACGCCCCGGUAGUGGAUCCAGUGACCUCUGCAUCUCCUGAUCUCGUUAACCCUGCAUGAAAUUCGGGCUGAUGGAUUCCAGGAUCGCUGAUGGGUGAAAGGCCGUGGGAUGAUGAUGCCACCACGCCCGUUCAUGCCUGGGAUUAAAUGAUGUAAAAGCAGAUUUUCAUGUGCUGAAAUGCUUAGGGAGUAGGCGGGAGUCUCCCUUUUGCGACGAAGCAACCGCCUCUGUUUCAAGAUUGCCGAUUGCCUGUUUGUAAACUCGUUCUGCAGUCAAUUCUCAAAUGUUUUCCAAAGUGGGGGACGGGAACCUAAGCAGCGCCCCCUCCAGGCAUCUCCCUCCUGCUCCUUGAUGUCUCCAGGACUAUGACUACAUGGUAUUGCUAUUCCACUGUCCGGAUUUUCCUUUCUAAUGCCAGAAUCCUCACUGUGAGAAGCUCUCUGUGUACAGGAAGGACAUGGGGUAGGGGGCCUUGUCUCUGGUUCUUCGCUGGGGAGGCUCCAAGCUGCUUUCCAUGCAAAGCCUUGGUAAAGACCUCUCUGGUGUGCUGGGGGGCUGCGGGAUUACCUUGGGGUGCAAGGUGCGAAGGGGCACCCAAUGGAGGAGCCCAAAUAAAAGGAGAUGCCUGUCUCAACACAGGAGGCCUUUCUCCAGCUGGUUUCCUCCAGCGUUUAGGACUAGCCUUUUCCCUCGCGAUCCGAGCCUGCGUCCUCCUGCUGAAGUUCGGGCCUUUGAUUUGGCUUUACCCCUUGAGCUACAUCUCCCCGGGUUUUGCAUCGCUCUGGCUCCGUCUUCUGCUCAAGGCGACGGAGUCUUCGGGCCCCACCUACAUCAAACUGGGGCAGUGGGCCAGCACAAGGAGGGACCUCUUCUCCGAAGAGUUCUGCGCCAGGUUCUCCAAGCUCCACAUCAAGGUGGUCCCUCACCCUUGGGGCUACACCCAACGUUCUUUGGGGAAAUAUCUGGGGGAAGGCUGGGAAAAGGUCUUCACCUUUGACAGCCAGGAACCCGUUGGGUCUGGCUGCAUCGCCCAGGUGUACAAAGCUUACGUGGACAUCUCCGCUCUUGGACAGCCGGUGCUGAAGGAACUCUCCAAGGGCACUGCGGUGGAGUCUGCUCUGGAAGCCUGGCAGGUGUCUGGUCUUAAGGGAGUCCUCAGGUGGCUUUGGAAGAGGAAGGAUGGAAGCAUUUCUGAAGGAGGUGGUGUCCGUCGGUUGCUUCCCAAUAAUGGCUUUGAUGGACACGUUAAGCAGAAUUCUGUUUCUGGAUAUCUGGACACAGCUUUAUCCUGUCCCAAGAGGGACCGCCUUGUUCCAGUAGCCAUUAAAGUGCUGCACCCCGGAUUAGCUGACCAGGUCCAAAUGGAUCUGUUUCUGAUGAAGACUGGCAGUCGACUCCUUGAGCUUCUCCCGGGGGUCAAGUGGCUCAGCCUGACGGAGAUUGUGGAGGAGUUUGAGAAACUAAUGAUUCAGCAGAUUGACUUGCGCUAUGAAGCAAGGAACCUGGAACGCUUCCGUCUUAACUUCCAGGCUGUGGAUUAUGUGAAGUUCCCAGUUCCUCUUCGCCCUUUCGUGACAAGAAACAUCCUCGUGGAAACAUAUGAGGAGAGCACACCCAUAGCCCAGUACCUGCAGACUGAGGCCACAAAGGAGCUGCGCUGGAAAAUAGCUCAGAUGGGUAUGGACAUGAUUCUAAAGAUGGUGUUUGUUGAUAACUUUGUCCAUGCUGACCUGCACCCUGGGAAUAUCCUGGUCCAGGGCGCAGAGGGCUUCCGUGAUCAUCCCGAGGACCGGACCACCAUUGUGGACCUGUUGGACACACUCAUUCUGGAAGUGCAGCCUUCUCGCCCCCCACUUCGCCUGGUGCUUCUGGAUGCGGGAAUCAUAGCAGAGCUGCAGGGUCCAGAUCUCAAGAACUUCCGGGCGGUCUUCACGGCUGUGGUAUUAGGGCAGGGGGAGAGAGUGGCAGAGUUAAUCCUUCACCACUCCAGAGCUAACCGGUGCAAGGAUGUGGAGAGAUUCAAAGCUGACAUGGCAGAGCUGGUGACAAAGGCCAGGGACAGCACUGUAGCUUUGGGAAAGUUCCAAGUAGCAAGCCUGCUGUCCAGUGUUUUCAAGUUACUGAUGACGCAUCAGGUAAAGCUGGAGAGCAACUUUGCCUCUGUGGUCUUUGCCAUUAUGGUUUUGGAAGGCCUUGGACGCUCACUGGACCCUGAACUGGAUAUCCUCAAGGCAGCUAAACCUUUUCUAAUCAAAGCUCCAAGUCCCCUCCUGGCACAGUGACGGACACUGGUUAGGGUGGUCUUUUGAGGCCCUUUCAUUAAAGAACUGCUCAUUUGCUACUAGUCAGGUGGCUUUCAACCUCUACGUUUAAAACCGGAAGACUUGGCUGAGAACUGCUGUUCAGUUUAUCCACAUUGAGACCAGAAGUGUUCAGGGGCUGAAACAUCUCUAUUUGCAUUGUGAUAAUUGAUAUCUAUUCCCAUUACGGCAAGGGGUGGGGGAACUGUAGCCCUCCAGGCAUUGCUUGACUACAACUCCCAUUAUCUCUGACCAUUGGGUUGUGCUGGCCUGGGACUAAUGGGAGUUGGGGUACAGCAAGGUCUGAAGGGAGCCACAGGUGGUUUUAGGGAAUGCGGUUCUCCUGUAGUUCAAAGGAAAUUACAGCCCUGCGUGGGUUGGGCGCCCUAUCAAGUCACCUCUAGAUAGGUGAGCCUACCAGAGACUAUUCCCAUCUCACAAAUAUUGCAAGCUUUAAGGACAUCAUGCCUGUUUACAGCCUCAGCACUUGCCUUGCUCCAUUGCCAAGAACUGGAAAGGUAAAGGCAGCUUAUACAUCAAACUACUUUCAGUAUGAAAAGCAAGCACUCUUCAGUUAAUAUUGGUAUGGUGCAUGAUAAGAAUCUUGCCUAUCUUCUGUUAAAUUUGUCUAAAAUGUGUUUGGAACAUGACAUGUUUGAAAUGCCAUCUUGCUCUUUGCUCUUAUGCUGCUAAGCAGCUGCUUCUGUCCACAUGGGGAAUUAAAAAAAUACCUUGUUUUUACAAAUGGAUCGACUUGGUUCUAAAUGUCACCUUUGAUACUGGGGAAACUGGGUUUAUGAAUAAACAGUUUUGAAUGGGAA